UGUUACAAGUACUUUGGUUUCCUACUCUGUAAAGUGGGCACAUAACCCCAUGGGGCUGGCCCGUCUCCCAGCAGGGAAUAAAUGAAGCUCCCAGAUGGUCCCCUUCCCCUUGCUUGCCCCAGGUCCUACCUGCCCUCUUCCUCCAUCAGACCCUCAGGGUCACUGUCUCACUCUCUUGCUCUCUCUAGCCUGACUGGGCGGGAGGUCCUGACCCCCUUCCCAGGGCUGGGCACCGCCACGGCCCCAGCACAGGGUGGGGCCCACCUGAAGCAGUGUGACCUGCUGAAGCUGUCCCGCCGGCAGAAGCAGCUCUGCCGGAGGGAGCCCGGCCUGGCCGAGACCCUGCAGGACGCUGCUCACCUCAGCCUGCUGGAGUGCCAGUUCCAGUUCCGACAUGAGCGUUGGAACUGCAGCCUGGAGGGGAGGACAGGCCUGCUCAAGAGAGGUUUCAAGGAGACAGCCUUCCUGUAUGCAGUGUCCUCGGCCGCCCUCACCCACACGCUGGCCCGGGCCUGCAGUGCCGGGCGCAUGGAGCGCUGCACCUGUGAUGACUCUCCGGGCCUGGAGAGCCGGCAGGCCUGGCAGUGGGGCGUGUGCGGCGACAACCUCAAGUACAGCACCAAGUUCCUGAGCAACUUCCUGGGGCCCAAGAGAGGAAGCAAAGACCUGAGGGCACGGGUGGAUGCUCACAAUACCCACAUGGGCAUCAAGGCAGUGAAGAGUGGCCUCAGGACCACAUGUAAGUGCCACGGUGUUUCAGGCUCCUGCGCCGUGCGCACCUGCUGGAAGCAGCUCUCCCCGUUCCGAGAGACAGGCCAGGCACUAAAGCUGCGCUAUGACUCAGCUGUCAAGGUGUCCAGUGCUACCAACGAGGCCUUGGGCCGCCUGGAGCUGUGGGCACCUGUCCGGCCUGGCAGCCCCGCCAAAGGCCUGGCCCCACGGCCUGGGGACCUGGUCUACAUGGAAGACUCGCCCAGUUUCUGCCGGCCCAGCAAGUACUCGCCAGGCACAGCGGGCAGGGUGUGUUCUCGGGAGGCCAGCUGCAGCAGCCUGUGCUGCGGGCGGGGCUAUGACACCCAGAGCCGCCUGGUGGCCUUCUCCUGCCACUGCCAGGUGCAGUGGUGCUGCUACGUUGAGUGCCAGCAGUGCGUGCAGGAGGAGCUCGUGUAUACCUGCAAGCACUAGGCCUGCUGCCUGGUGUGCCAGGGGGCACUGCCAGGACCCCGCAGUGCUCGGCCACCUUGAGGCCCCUCCAGGCAGGAACACACAGCAUGCACGCACUCACCGACAUACGAGCCAGUGUGCACGCACUCCUCUCUCCACCAGGCCUCAGCAGCCUUUCCGUCCCUCUACACUCAGCAGAGAGAGGUUCAGAGGGAUCAGAACUGAGAGUCCCCAGCCUUGUUGGAGCAGGAAAACAGAGUAGGAAAGGAUGUGGGGGGAAUAAGGGAGACCAAGAGGAGGAUAGGACUGAGGGUUUUUUGGGGGGCAGUGGGCGGGGAGGGACAUCCUGCUAUCUCAAUUCUUCGGGUUAGUGGCCUAGAGCCAGUAAGACGCUGGGAGGUGAGCCUAUGAGCCAGCAGGGCACUGGGAGGCAGUGUCAGCUGGACGCAAAGGCUGGAGCCUGAGCCUGACAGGGAUGGGUCAAUCCCUGUCUGCUCAGGUCACAGUGAGCCCUGGGGGCCGCACAACCCCACCCCCCGUGGCUUUGCUGUGCUAGUGGGAGGGAGAAAGGCUAGGUAGUAGGAGCUGUUUGUUUGCAGAAAGGAAAGCAUUCUGGGCUUGAGUGGAACCAAGUCAGAUCCGUGCCCUGGAGCCCUGUGUCCUUGGUUUGGUGUUUAAAAUACUCACGGAGGCCUCAUUCUUUCCUUGAGAGCUGCAUUAGCCAUACCCGCCCAGCCCUGCUCCGUAAGAGCACCAGUGGAUGCGAGGUGGUAGGGAGAGCCGGUCCCCAGGUGGGGCGCAGAUAGUGCACGGAGGCUGCACAGAGAGACAGUGACCCAUCCCUGUUUUCUGGAUGUGGAACCUUUACUCUCAGCCCAGGAGAGAGUGACAGCCUUUGGUUCAAGGCAGGGACGCCGGGAGCUCAGUUUCUCAUCUUCCCUGCAGGCCUGGUAUGGUCAGGUCCCUGUGGUGGUGGUCCACCUGUGCCGUGAGGCCCCAACACAGCUGACAUUCAUGACACAGAAGAGGUCUGAUUCUGGUUACAUUUCUCCUCUUAUAGCUACUCAUCUAAUUAAGGUUUUACCCUGGAGUUACAGGCGUGGGAAAGUCUUUGCUAAGCCUGGCUCCUUGGGGGCCCCCUUCACUUACGAAUAGCCCCCACUUUGGCUCUUACCUGAGGAAUAGACGUGACUUUGCUAAUUUCCUCUGAUCCUGUGGACAUUUCCAGUGCUACCUACCAAGGCCCUGUGUGGGAGAAAGAGGAAGUAACUGGUAUACACACACACACACACACACACACACACACACACACGUGCUCCUUGGACCUGCCAGGUUGAGGGUUCACAUUUUAGCAGCACACCCUCUCUGGUUCAGAACCAAGUCCUUGCAGGGGUCACUCUGCUGGAAGCAGAGUGUUUCCCCAGAGCAGGGCCCAGUGCCAGCCAGGAGGAAGUGGCCUCCUUCGGGAAACCCUCGGCUGCUUUGCCGGCCCUGCCGCGCCCUCUGUCAGCUUCCUCUGAAUCCAGAGUUGCUGAACCUCUGCUCAACAGAAAUUUCAGAAUUGGCUGUCUGCUCAGAAACAACCAGUGCAAGCCCAGGAAGAAGCCCUGGGCUCCCUGGGACCUCCAAGGGCGAGGAGCUGUCCUGGCUGGGGUGGGUCAGGGCAGCUCAUGAGAUGCUGGAAGGAUCUCUGGCUACAGAAGUUCUGAUGAGAAGCCAAACUUACCUGAGAUGCCCUCAAUGGACUGACCCUGCUGACCCAGGUAGCCAGCCCACAUCUUGUCAAGAAGAGCAAAAAAGGAGAGUGGGCUGGUUUUAUAGUUUCUUCCACUCCCCGCCCCCCCACCGCAUAGAGACUUUUUCUUUGCCAGCCCAAUCCAUCUGAGGCCCCAACUCUGCCUCUACCUUGCCCCAGCCCUCGGCAUAAGGGACCAGAGGCCUCCCUGGCAGGAAAAAGGGACCUGAUCCACCCACACGCCAUCUGCAUCCCCAGCUCCAUGCCUGGCAGUGUUGGGGUUGCAAGAGGAUAAAGGCAGACUCUGAGGGACUGAGGCCAUGGUGGGCCACCAACCCCAACAACCUAGGCCAAUGACACGAGGUGUGGGCUCUGAGAGUGCCUCGGCCUGUGGGGGAGGUCCUCCCUGCCUAGCCUUUUCUCUCCUUCCUUGCUCCAUCUCUUUCUAUUCCGGGUGCCCCCAAAGGUCCACAUCAACCCUGCUGGGGCCCCUCACUCUACAGCUUUAAGGGAAAUGCUCACAGGGUAUAUUUUUGGUCUACCUCACAUAUAUAAUUUUUAGGGCAAAAGAAAAUAAUUUAUAUAGCUAAGAUAUAUGAGAAAAUAUUUAUGUAUAAUAUUUAUAUAGUUUCUAUAUUUCAUGGGCAGCACCUGCGGGGGCUGUGUGUUCUGUCAGAAGCCAGCUGUCUGGGGAGACACAGCUUGGCCAGACCCGGGGGUCACCCCUGAGCUGCUCACCAGGGGGCUGGGGUGUCUCACAGGUUCUUGCAACCAGCCUCUCUUGGCGCUGAUGAGAACACUUCUCCUCUGUGCAUGAGGCCUGCUGGGCUUGAUCCAGACUGUCCUUGUGGAGGUUUUGUAAAUUCUCUGUUCUUCUGGGUCCCAGGCCCCCUCUUCUGCUCUAGCAAAACUAUCUUGCUCAUAAUAAUAAUGACAACAAAGAUGCCCACUCUUUGCAUUUGUAAAGCACUUUCGGUUUUCAGAAACUCUUGUCCCUUGAAUCCCGUUUGAUUUCCCUUUAUCCCCAGAAGAGUGUGUGUGUGUGUGUGUGUGUCGCGUGCAUGCGUGUUGUGGGGGAGGGGCUCAUGCCCAGUUUACAGAUGUGGCCCAGAGAGGGAGGGAUGUCCCUAAAGUCACACUGAGGAGGUCCAUCCAAGGAGUAUGGAAAUUCUGCAUGGGCCGCUCGCUAUGGGAGCGGACUUGCCCUGAGCCGAUGGAGCCCAGGGAAGUGGCUGUGUCUCUGGCUGUGCGUGACCCUGGCCUUUCGGAUCUGGAUAGCACGUCAGCGUUUUUCCAAGCAGAGUCCUGUGUCUCAGGAGCUGGGAAAUGCCUGAGAGGCCUGGAGAGACAAGGACCUCGUGGAAGCCACUUGGGGGCUGCAGGAGAGGAUUGGGCAACUACAUCACACGGCCCCUCCCAGCCUGCAGAUGGGUUUCAUCUCAUUUGCUCUCAUUUGUGUUUUUCUCUUAAAAAUGAAUUGCUUUCCAUUGGAUUUCUGACUUGCCUUCUAAAAUCAGUCAUGCUGGCAAACGGAGCUUGUCUUCCCACCUUGCCACAGUCAGCUACAGGGAGGGAGCCCUGUUAGGCCGUGUGGAGGGUCCCCAGUUUGUCAAGUGCCCCCACCUCAGUCCGCCUCACUCCUGGAUGUUCCUGCCUGGCUCUCGUGAGCACAUCGUGUACCUCCCCCUGUCCAGAUAAGCCCAGUGUCCCUGUGUCCUUCAUGACCUGGCAGACAGGCCCACAAACAGACCCAUGCCAGCCCCGAAGAUUAUUUCUUAUUUCCAGAGUUUCCUCUCUCAACAGCCAUGAACUUCAAGUGUUUUUUGUCUCAGCACGUUUUGGAAUUCCAGUGGGAGCUAUCAUAUAUCAAGUACCUGUUAUGUCCAUCCAUUCAAUCAGUGAUGACUUAGGAAGCCCGGGCUGAACUCCAGGCACCUCUCUGGGUACUGGGGUACAGCAGUGGGCAAAAUCAAGUCCCUGACUCACAGGGCUGACACUCUAGUGGGGGAGAGACACAAUAAACCAAUAAAUUCUGUAUCAGUUGUUUGUA